UACAGACAGCAUGACAUGCUCGCAGGCAGCAGAGAGUAAGUGUUGACUGUCUGAGGAGCGGUUCAGGUCUCCGUCUUGCCUCUCUGAACAAGUUGCGGUUAACGUAAGGAUUUUCCAGAGUUGGACCAGGAUCUUUUUUGUCCUUCUGCGACAUGGAAACUCUAUUGGACACACAGCGAAGACUCAAGUCCCUGCUAUUAAUGUACCUCUUGGUCGUAAAGGCAGCAGGUGACUGUCCUAAACCUGAGGGAGGGGACAAUACUGUCUUAACCAAUGAAUCACUUCUAAUGAAUGUUUUCCCAGAGAAUACCAGGGUCACGUUAGAGUGCUCUAGUGGAUAUAUUAAAGAAAGUGGCUCUGAAUUUAUAACUUGCAGUGAUGAUGAAUGGACUGAGUCAGAGCUUAUCUGCAAGAAGAAAGACUGUGGUCAGCCUCCACCAAAGCCACAUAUGAAGUUUAAUACAAGUGAGGGUACUCUGUUUGGUGCUCUAGUAAGAGUAACUUGUGAAAAAGGUUAUCAGAUUAGCGGGUCGAGCUACAAACAGUGCUAUGAUCAAGGGUGGAGUGGCAGAGCUUCUUGUGAAAUUGUGACAUGUGACCAACCUUCAAUAGCCAAUGGAUAUACUUCAUGGGAUUCUGAAAAUGACCCAGAAUACAACACUGCCAUACGUUAUACCUGUCAUGAAGAAUACACCCUCAUAGGGAGUGAUACUGUUCUGUGCGAUGAAAAUGGUGAAUACAGUCCUGAUCAACCUGUAUGCAAUGAAGUGACAAGAGCACCAGCUACUACUUCUCGGCCACAAGUUGCCAUAACGGAUUUGACAACAACUGAUGCAAAAGUAUCCACGUUUUCAGAUUCCUCUGCUGCACCCACAGUUCACAGAACUCAAACUGUCACAACCAGUUCAAUACCAAAUCUCUCAACUUUACCAAAAGUUUUCAGAGGAAAAGCUACUUCUGCCGGUAUUCUGUCAACUACAUCAUCAUCCUUUCAAGGCAUGCAUGAUGGGAAUGUAGAUACUGUCACGGAUAGUGGAACAGUGGCUGCUGUGGUCAUUGGUGCUGUGGUUUUGUUAGGUGUAAUUAUAGGUUUUAUCCUAUUGCACAAGUUUAACAUGAGAAGAAAAGGCUCAUAUGACACCAGAGAAGACCAGAAGCCGGGGUUAUUACACUUCCAAAAUCUUUAGAUUGCCUGCCUCACCCAGUUCUCAUGGAAUUUCACCUUUAUGAAAAGGCCCAAGGAUGUACCAUCAAACUGUAACAGUGCCUCUCUGAGUUGAUGGAGAAAGACAACUCGCUUUCAAUGUUUCUGCAGUUCAUAUGGCAGAUAAUCAACCUUGCUGAGCAUACAUAGUUAAAGUAUCAAACUUGGAUUGCCUUUUGUAAUGUUAUAUUUGAUUUUUGCAUUAUUUUAAAACAAAUUUGUAAAUAUUUUAUUGUACUUUAUUUUUGCUGCUUAUAUAUUAUUUAUGUUAUAAAACAGAGUAAAUACAAUAAUGUUGUUUUCUUGUUGUUAUUGCAAAAACAUUUUUUUGUUUGCAGCUUUUGAUCAAUUUUACCACUAUAACUUUACAUGUCAUGUUAUAUGUUAAUGUGUUGUUUCAUUUGGCCAGAAGAAAGGAGGUUAGAAAAGGGAUGCAGUGCAUACAAUGUGGUUAAUUCAGUCAGUAGAAUGAAGUGGUGACUUCUAAAGAUACAAUCAGCUGCAUUCUUUGCCUCCUGACUUUCUUUUCAUCAUUGUCUAUUGUUGAGAUCUAAGCUGCGCAAAAAAAGAGUAAACCACACUCCCGUGAGAAAAAGGCUGUGUAGUUUUUUCUCUUUGAUCAGGCAAGAUUUGGCUGUGUUAAAUAUGAAAGGAAUUUCCAAGACCAAGGAGCAAAAAUGAUCAAAAACAUAACUGAAUGGGUUCAUUGGACGGAUUGAGAAGCUGUUGUGAAAAUGAAAAUAAUCUACUAGAUAAGAGAAAGAUUUUAUGUAAAAGUUUUUCUCCUAAGAGGAGAGCCUCAGUGAACGCAUUCACUGUUAUGUCAGCAGAUUAGCACAAAGCCAUUAUGCUGACAAGGGUGUGGAUCCAUACAGAGACAAGCCCAAAAUAAAAUGUGAUGACACUGUUUCUUUAUAUCCUGCUCAACUGUUGUAUUUCCUUCAGUGUAAUACUUCAGCUCUAUCUCACAGCAGGAUAUGCCUUCAUUAACAUAGUUGUUUGUCUUAGUUAUGCUGAAAGACAUUUAAUUAUCAGAGGGAAGUGGUUUUUGUUUUUCUCAGAAACCUUGACAAUCUUGGCAAAAACAAGAAUCCACCAUAAGACUAUGGAGGACCACAAGAGCCACGCGCAUCGUUGUGGUCCUCCAUAUAAGACACCUUAAAAAAGAAAUUUACUAUGUUUAUGGGGUUGCUUGCUGGUCGCAUGUCCACUUUGCAUUGGACUUUUCUGUAUUAAAAGGAUACAUCUGA